AUGGAAGAGAAUACGGAACUAUUCAAUAGCGAAUUAAAUCAGGAGUUGUCUAAAGUUUGUGAAGAAAUGGAGAGGGGUCAACUGUUCGAUUCGUCAUACGAUGAUGAGUUGUAUCAUCACUGUGCGAUGGUUGAAACACAGUUUAACAGUCAACCACUACAACUUGGAAGAGGAACGAAGCGAACGUGCAGCAAAGAAUCCAAGAUCAUCAAAAAACCAACAACGGAAGCAGAAGCGCAUACCUCUGCAGGGAACAGUAUCAGUAACGAUGAUCAAGUGGAAUGUCCAACGUGCCAUAUAUUUAUCAAGAAACGGUAUUUAGCUAAUCAUUUUAAAAGUAAUGUUCAUAAAAAUAAUCUUUUAAAUUCACAUAAUUCUUUAUCAAACGUUAGUGUUAUUGAAUCUGCUUUUGGAAAUAGGAUUUUAACUUAUAAAAUCAAGAGUAGAGUAGAUCGUUCGACAUGGGUAAAUUUUGAAACUCCUGAACUAUUUUUAAAUUCUAUUAAAGAUGAUAUUUUAUUUUUAUUACAAGAGUGUAUUCAUCAACACAUAAUUUUUAAGGUAAACUUCAUAUUGCAUGCUGAUUUUGUUCAACAAACUAAAGAUAUUCAUGAUACGUUCGAUUUUCAAACGCUUAACUAUAUUAUUUGUCAAGGAGAUGACUUAAAUAUUUUUCUUUCAUCUUUAAAUGAUACAAUUACUACUAAAAUUAGUGCUUUCGAAAAAAAAGAUAGUGGAUGGAGUCUAAAAAACAUAAAAUCUAUAGACAUGAAUGUUAAUAAAUUUAACCCCCUACGCGGUACUUCAUACAUAGAUCUUCCUCGUGACAUAAAAUUAAAAAAGGCUGUUAUAAAUGUAAAAAACAAGGAUUAUUUUUGUUUUAAAUGGGCGUUACUCUCGGCGUUAUAUCCUGUAAACAAACACACCGAUCGGGUAUCAUCGUACGUUAAACAUGCAAAUAAACUUAAAUUUGAUGGUAUUUCCUUUCCGGUUAAAAUUUCUGACAUAGCAAAAGUAGAGAAAUUAAAUGAUAUUAGUAUUAAUGUUUUUGGGUUAGAAUAUAAUAAAGAAAAACGAUGUAAUUCUAUAGUAGGUCCAUUAUUUUUAACAAAGUGUCGUAAAGAUAGACAUAUCAAUUUAUUAUUUUUUUCCAAGGAUACAAAAAAUCAUUAUUGCUAUAUAAAAAAUUUAUCGCGGUUAGUUAGUAAACAAAUUUCAAAAGACGGUCACAUCAUGUACAUUUGUGAAGCAUGUCUACUUCGUUUUCCAUCUCAGGAAAGGUUAAAUAACCAUGAACAAUACGAUUGUGCUCACAUUUGUACAGUAUUACCAAACAGUGAAACUUUAAAAAAAAAGAAUUGGUUUGGUCAACCUAUUUCAAAUGAUAAAAUUAAAUUUGAUAGUUAUGAAAAAAAGUUAAAGAUACCAUUCGUAGUUUAUGCUGAUUUUGAAGCAUUUUUAAAACCAAUAGAAUCAUGUUCUAACGAUCCUUCCAAACCUUUCACUCAUAAUAUUCAGAAACAUGAAGUACAUAGUUUUGGAUAUUAUAUAAAAUGUUCAUAUGAUGAUAAAUUAUCAAAAUAUGUAACAUAUUGCGGACCCAACUGUGCACAAGUGUUUAUGGAAAGUGUUGCUCAUGAAUCAUGUUGUUCGAAGAUCAGAACACCUAGUUAUAUACCAAUAUUUUUACACAACCUUAGUUACUAUGAUGCUCAUUUUAUUGUUCACGCGUUAAACUUUUGUGAUGGUGAAGUCGAAGUUAUCCCUCAAAAUAAAGAAAAAUAUAUAUCCUUUUCCAAAAAAUUAAAAGUGAAUAACCACGAAAUUAUAUUGAGAUUCUUAGAUUCAUUUAAGUUUUUAUCGUGUAAAUUAGAAGAAUUGGCCAAAAAUCUCAGUAAUGAUCAAUUUCAAGAAUUACGUAGAAAUUACCCUAAUGAUGAAGAUUUCUUUCGUUUAAAACGGAAAGGUGUUUAUCCAUAUGAACUUAUGACUAAAUAUGAUAGUUUAAGUCUAACAUCGCUCCCUGAACAAAAAUGUUUUUAUAGUUCACUCACAGAUUCACAUAUUUCAAAUGAUGAUUACAAUCAUGCUAAAGAUGUUUGGGAACAUUUUGGGUGUUGUAAUAUGCUAGAUUAUUCAAACCUAUAUUUAAAAACAGACGUUUUACUUUUAUCCGAUGUAUUUGAAAACUUUAGAAAGUUAUGUAUUAAUACAUAUGAUUUAGACCCUGCCCAUUAUUACACAGCACCCGGUUUAAGUUGGGAUGCAAUGUUAAAAUAUACAAAAAUAGAAUUAGAACUUUUAACAGAUUAUGAGAAAAUUGCAUUUAUUAGAUCAGGUAUCAGAGGUGGUGUAUCUCAAUGUAGUAAUCGUUAUGCUAGAGCUAAUAACAAAUACAUGGAGGAUUAUGAUACAGGGAAACCAAAUUCAUAUAUCACAUAUUUUGAUGCCAACAAUUUAUAUGGUUGGGCUAUGUCUCAAUAUCUUCCUACUGGUGGAUUCGAAUGGGUAAAUCCAAAUACAGAAUUUAAUGUGUCUAAGACAUCAGACUUCGGUUUUAUUUUAGAAGUUGAUUUGGAAUAUCCAGAUGAACUUCAUGAUUUACAUUCGGACUUUCCUUUAUGUCCAGAAAACAUUUGUGUAGGCAAUAUUAAUGAGAAUAAACUAGUCCCAAUUUUAAAUAAUAAAGAUAAAUAUGUAAUUCAUUACAGAAAUUUAAAGCAGUGCAUAGAAAUGGGGGUUAAAUUAACUAAAAUUCAUAGAGUUUUAAAAUUUAAACAGUCUCCCUGGUUGAAGAUGUACAUAGAUCUAAACACAAAAUUAAGAACUUUAGCAAAAUCAGAUUUCGAAAAAGAUUUUUAUAAAUUAAUGAAUAAUUCAGUCUUCGGUAAGACUAUGGAGAAUAUUGAAAAAAGGGUUAACAUAAAAUUAGUUACGCACUGGGAGAACCAGAGUAAAGCUUUAGGUGCUCAAGAUCUAAUCGCUAAACCACAAUUUCAUAGCCUUUCAAUAUUUUCGGAAAACCUAGUUGCGGUUCAGUUGCGAAAAACGAAGUUAAUAUAUAACAAACCAAUUUAUUUAGGGUUUUGCAUUUUAGAUAUUUCAAAAACAUUAAUGUAUGAUUUUCAUUAUAACUAUAUGAUUAAAAAGUUUAGUAAAAUCAAAUUAUUGUAUACAGAUACGGAUAGUUUAAUAUAUCAUAUAUUUACAAAUGAUUUUUACACUGAUAUAAAACCUGACCUUUCAUCAUACUUUGAUACCUCAGAUUAUGAUACAAAUAAUAUUUUUGAAUAUCCAAAAUUAAAUAAAAAGAAAUUAGGUUUUUUUAAAGAUGAAAAUAAUGGUAAAAUCAUGAAAGAAUUUGUGGGUUUACGAUCCAAAAUGUACGCUUUUAACUUAGAGAAUAAGACUAUAGCCAAGGCAAAAGGGGUAAAUAAAUGUAUCACUAAAAAGAUGACAAUGAAUAGUUAUAAGUCUUCUCUAUUUAAUAAAAAAGUGCAAUAUUAUAGCAUGCUUAGAUUUAAAUCAAUUAAACACACAAUUUUCACACAAAAAUUAAAUAAGAUAGGUUUAUCAUAUAAUGACACAAAGAGACAUAUUUUAGAUAAUAAUAUCGAAACAUUAGCUUGGGGCCAUUAUAAACUGCGUUAA